UCUCGUCUAUGUGACUCUGGGCUAUGCCGUAGCCUACUUUGCACACUUAAUUCACGUCAGCCAUUCAAUCCUCCUCCCCCGCCCUCUCAAUUAUCCUCUCUCUCUCUCUGUUCUAUAUAAAUAUGGGACGAGGGGGGAGCAGUGAAGAUUCAUGAGCUCAGAGCCUCAGAAGACUCGGAGCUCUGCCCAUAUUCAAAAAAAAAAAAAAAAAAAAACUAAGAAAGAAGAAUUGAAGAAGAAGGAGAUGACGACUUGGAGCUAGAGCUAGCUCUGUGUCAUCAGAACUGUAAGAGAAAAACUGAAGAUGGCGAGCGUAGGAUCAGACCAUGCAGAACAUGGGAAGGAGAAGUUGGUUGGCUCAUCAUCGUCUUCCUGCUGGCCGCUCCUCUUCUGCACCAAAUGCAUCCCCAUUACCACCGCCACCUCCCCUGAAAACUCGCCUCCUCCGGACACCCCCACCAAGCAAUCCCCAAGACGGCCCGGCGGCUGGAGGGCCAUGCCCUUCGUCCUAGGAAAUGAGACGUUCGAGAGGCUGGCGACUAUAGGGUUGAUGGGGAACUUCAUGGUCUUCCUGCUCACGCAGUUUCACAUGGACCAGGUGAGGGCCACCAACCUCCUCAACGUCUGGUCCGGCGUCACCAACUUCACUCCCCUCAUCGGCGCCUUCGUCUCCGACGCCUACAUCGGCCGCUUCCGCACCAUUGCUUUUGCCUCCUUCGCCUCUUUCCUGGGCAUGGUGACUCUGACUGUGACGGUAGCCGUCCCGCAGCUGCAUCCUUCGCCAUGCGGACGCCACCAGGACCAAUGUGCGGGUCCCACCACGGGUCAGCUGGGGGUCCUGUUGACGGGUCUCUGCCUGCUGUCCAUCGGGUCGGGCGGGAUCCGACCCUGCAGCCUGCCGUUCGGGGUGGACCAGUUCGACCCGUCGACGGACGAGGGAAGGAGAGGGAUAACGAGCUUCUACAACUGGUACUACACCACCUUCACCGUCAUCCUCAUCAUAGCGCUCACCGUCGUCGUUUACGUCCAAGAUUCGGUGAGUUGGCUCUGGGGCUUCGCCGGCCCGACCAUUCUGAUGUUUUGUUCCAUUGUGCUUUUCUUCCUCGGCACGAAUAUUUACGUGCACGCGAAGCCGACGGGGAGCGUAUUUUCCGGCAUCGCGCAGGUGGUCGUCGCAGCUUACAGGAAGCGCCGGGUUAGGGUUCCGGCCGACGGAGAGGGCGGUGGAGUUCUCUAUGAUCCGCCAAUGAAGGAGAGUGCUGCGCAUUCAAAGCUUCCUCUCACUUACCAGUACAGGCUACUAACCAGAGCCGCCGUCGUGCUUGACGGCGAGCUAAACCCUGACGGCUCCCGCGCCAAUCCAUGGCGGCUCUGCACAGUCCAACAGGUCGAAGAAUUCAAAUGCAUCAUACGAAUAAUCCCUAUCUGGGCCGCCGGCAUAAUCUCCUUCACCGCCAUCGUGCAACAGAGCACCUUCACUAUCUCCCAAGCCCUCAAAAUGGACCGCCACCUCGGCCCCAAAUUCCAGAUCCCGCCCGGUUCGCUCGGUGUCAUCUCCAUGCUCACCAUCGGAAUCUGGGUCCCCGUCUACGACCGCAUCGUCGUCCCGCGCCUCCGCAGAAUCACCAAAAUCGAAGGCGGAAUCACCCUUCUCCAGCGAAUCGGAAUCGGGAUCGUCUUCUCCACCCUGUCAAUGGUGGUCGCCGGAGUCGUCGAGCGCAAGAGAAGAUCCGUCGCCGUCGCGCACGGAGGGGUUGCGCCCAUGUCCGUGUUCUGGCUUGCGCCGCAGCUCGUGCUCAUGGGCUUCGCGGAGGCGUUCAACAUCAUCGGGCAGAUUGAAUUUUAUAACAGGCAAUUUCCCGAACACAUGACGAGCGUGGGCAAUGCUCUGUUUUCGUGCACCAUGGCGGGGUCUAAUUACCUGAGCGCCUUACUGGUGACGGUGGUGCACGACGUCACCGGGAAACACGGCCGGCAGGCCUGGUUGACCCAGGACAUUAACGCCGGGAGAGUUGAUUAUUUCUACUACAUUAUUGCCGGAUUGGGAGUGUUGAAUAUGGUCUACUUUCUGAUUUGCGCCCGCCGAUACCGUUACAAAGGCAGCACUAUGCAAUUUUCUGAGGGAGAAGGGAAAUCUGAUUUUGAUGUUGAGAUGAACUCGAUUAAGCAGUAAGGUUUAAUUUAACUUCUUAAUUAGGAUGUACAGGAAUUAGAGAAUGUAGCUAGGUUUCUCUUGAUUCUAGGUAUAUGAGCUUUCCGAUGGAAGCUGGUUCAUAUGAUUAUGUAUGAUGCAGGGAAUGCAAGAAGCUUUACUUAUUUUAUUUCAUAUAGUCUGGGAAUAAAAUUUUGUUGUUGCAUGAUAAAA